CUUCCUGCAGCACACACACACGCACGCGCACGCGCACACGCACACGCACACGCGAGACAAUACUGGGAUUUGCAGCUCUGCGGAGAGGAAACGAGCCGAGGAGUUAAACGAUGGCCAAAUUAAAACGUCACGCCGAGCGCGUCCACGCGGGACGCGUGGAGGAGCCGCGGUGCAAUUAAAGAGGCGAACACGUUAUCCGCUCGUCCGCGCGCUUUUACCUCCACGAGAUGUCCUUCACGAACGGGAUAGAUGCGCAGGACUGAUCGUUGCCAUGGAUACCAGCACGCGAAAAUUCACAGUGCGAAGAUGGUUCUCCAUCUACCUGAAGAACAAGGCCGCUAGGAACAAGAACACGACGGGAUUCUGCCAGCUUGAGGAUGAAAGCAUACUGAAGGAGAUUGACAUCAGCAACCAUGUCAAGGCGGGUUUUGAGAAAGCAGACCCCUCUCAGUUCCAGCUGCUUAAGGUGCUCGGACAGGGAUCCUACGGAAAGGUGUUUCUGGUAAGAAAGAUCAGAGGCGUGGACAGAGGACAACUGUAUGCAAUGAAAGUCCUGAAGAAAGCAACCCUCAAAGUCAGGGAUCGUGUGCGAUCCAAGAUGGAGAGAGACAUUUUGGCAGAGGUCAACCACCCUUUCAUAGUCAAACUACACUAUGCCUUCCAGACAGAAGGGAAGCUCUAUCUAAUCCUAGACUUCCUCCGAGGGGGAGACCUCUUCACUCGUCUGUCAAAAGAGGUAAUGUUCACGGAAGAAGACGUCAAAUUUUAUCUUGCAGAGUUGGCACUGGCCUUGGACCAUUUGCACAGUUUGGGAAUCAUCUACAGGGACCUCAAACCUGAAAACAUUCUUUUAGAUGAAGAAGGACAUAUUAAGAUCACUGACUUUGGUUUAAGUAAAGAAGCCAUUGACCACGAUAAGAGAGCAUAUUCAUUCUGUGGAACGAUAGAGUACAUGGCUCCAGAGGUGGUCAACAGGAGGGGUCAUACGCAAAGUGCAGACUGGUGGUCUUUCGGAGUGCUGAUGUUUGAGAUGCUGACGGGAUCCUUACCGUUUCAAGGAAAAGAUCGCAAGGAAACAAUGGCUCUUAUUCUAAAGGCCAAAUUGGGAAUGCCACAAUUCCUCAGUCCAGAGGUGCAGAGUCUAUUAAGAGCACUCUUCAAGAGGAACCCUGCUAACCGUCUCGGUGCAGGACCAGAUGGAGUAGAAGAAAUAAAAAGUCACUGCUUCUUUGCAUCAAUCAACUGGAAGAAGCUGUAUAGGAAGGAAAGUCGGCCGCCAUUCAAACCAACAGUUGGAAGACCUGAGGAUACUUUUCACUUUGACCCGGAGUUCACCUCUAGAACACCCACAGACUCUCCUGGCCUCCCACCCAGUGCAAACACACACCAGUUGUUCCGCGGUUUCAGUUUUGUCGCCACAAAUCAAAAUCAGGAGCAUAGCAAGACCGUCCUGCCUUCUCACCAGGAGGGGAACACCAUAAUCCCCAUAGCGCAGCAUCUCCGUGGCGAUGUGGCCUUCAGUGAUGUUUACGACCUGAAGGAGGAAGUUGGACGGCCGGCCAACUCAGUCUACAGGAGAUGUCUUCACAGAGUGACUGCAGUGGAAUGUUCAGUGAAGAUCAUUGACAAAGCAAGGAAAGAUCCAGCUGAAGAGAUUGAGAUCCUGUUAAGAUAUGGGCAGCAUCCUAAUAUCAUCACACUAAAGGAUGUGUUUGACGACGGCCAUUGUGUUUACCUGGUUCAGGAUUUAUUGAGAGGAGGCGAGCUGCUGGACCGAGUAUUGACAGUGACAAAUUUCAUAGAGAAAGAUGCAUCAGACAUCAUUUGCACACUCGCCAAGACUGUGGAAUAUUUACACUCCCAAGGGGUUGUGCAUCGGGACCUGAAACCAAGCAACAUUCGCUACUCUGAUGACAGAGGUCUCUCAGAAUGCCUCAGGAUAUAUGAUUUUGGUUUUGCCAAACAGCUGAGGGCGGAAAAUGGCUUACUGAUGACUCCAUGUUACACAGCAACAUUCAUGGCACCAGAGGUUCUAAAGAAGCAAGGUUAUGACGCUGCAUGUGACAUCUGGAGCCUGGGGAUCCUGCUUUACACCAUGAUAGCUGGUUUCAGUCCAUUUGCCAGCAGUGCUGAUGACUCAGCAGAGGAAAUCUUGGCUCAAAUUGGCUGCGGGAAAUUCAUCAUCAGUGGCGGUAAUUGGGAUCUGGUGUCAGACGCUGCCAAGGACAUAGUGACUAAGAUGCUCCAUGUGGACCCUCACCAGCGUCUGACUGCUCCACAGAUCCUUCGCCAUCCCUGGAUUGUAGAGAGAGACCAGCUCUCUGACAAAGUCCUCGCCAGACAAGAUCUGCUCACUGUCAAGGGGUCGCUGGCCGCCACCUAUUCCGCUUUAAGGCGCUGUGCUCCAGCACCAGUCCUGGAGCCUGUGCAGUCCUCAGUACUCGCCCAGCGUCGAGAAAUGAAGAAAGUUGGUGGUGUUGUCAUCGAAUCAGACCUAAAAGAAAAGGGGUAGAUAAAGGAAACUAACACUGUUAAUAAUUGCAAUGAUUUUUCACACUUGCCUCUGGAAUUAGGGAUCCUGGUUCCUAUUAAUAAUUUCAGUGGCCUUUGUCAGAUCCACUGGUUCACUCACAGGACUCUUUGUUAGGGACACUGUACCAUCUGACAUUGGAUUGACACUGUCUAAAAAUGUCUUCAUUGAACAAUAAUAACACAAUUAUUCAAGGGUGGUGUGCACAUUGAAUUGCAAUACAUCACAACUAGAACUAGUCUUAGCUACAGGGGACAAGAGGGGACAAUAUUAGACAUGUGAUGCAGGAUCUCAUAAAUAAUAAAGUAUCCGGUGAGUGUAGCAACUACUUCCAAAAUAUUAAAGUCAUGGUUGAAUUGGAAAAAAAUGUAUACAAAUGCACAUGUUCGAGGUACCUUUGGUAACCUCUGUUAGAAUUUACAGUUGUGACGAUGUUACCAUUGUUUGGUCAUAUAUGACUCAUUAAUACACAAUACAGUAUGUUCUUCGUCACAAAGUAUUCAUCUGGUAGCCGAAAUAAGUAAAAAAAAAAUAUAUAUAUAUAGUCAACUUAAAUGUUAUUUACACACUUAAACACAUGUUUAUUUUCUAAUAUAUAUGGACCCUCCCCAUCUUACCACCGAAUCGGUGCCAUUUGCUUGCACGCAAAAAAAUGAUCAGAAUUUCAGAGCAUUUAACAGUAUUACUUCACAGUCAAUCAAAAUGUACUGUAACCUUAUGACAAAUGACUGUAAAAAGUAAGUAAUGUAAUUAUGAGUGAGUCAUUUACUGUGAAUUUACAAAAAAAAGUGUUUUACAGUGUGCAACACUAAGUCUGAUAAACAUAUUGAACUCCUCAAAAUGGCCCAUCUGAGGCAACUUUAUUUCAUUUUUAUGAUAAAUAAAUGAUAAAUGGGUUGUACUUGUAUAGCACUUUUCUACCUUCAAGGUACUCAAAGCGCUUUGACACUACUUCCACAUUUACCCAUUCACACACUGAUGGAGGGAGCUGCCAUGCAAGGCGCUAACCAGCACCCAUCAGGAGCAAGGGUGAAGUGUCUUGCUCAGGACACAACGGACAUGACGAGGUUGGUACUAGGUGGGGAUUGAACCAGGGACCAUCGGGUUGCGCACGGCCACUCCUCCACCGCGCCACACCGAUUUUGAACACGACUCCUAAACUGAAGAUGGCUCAUUUGAGCGGUGUGUUUAUAGCAUAUAAUUAUCAAACACAUGAAGUACAGUGGUAUCUCAACCCAUGAGCUUAAUUGGUUCUGUGACAGAGCUCUUGCCUGUUCAAAUUAAUUGAAAUCAAUUUAAAUAGUGCUUUUAGCGCCAUUAGUAAAAUGUUAAAAAAAACAACAAAGAAAAAGAAACUUCUAGAUAAGAAUUGUUGUAUGAUAAAAAGUAAUUUUAUGAAGUAAUGUAAUAAUAAUCUACAUCAUUUACUUUGGAGAGUGGAGUGGAGCUUUUUUUCCAUCAAUAAUCAGCAGCUUUUCAAUAUUUUCAUGGAUACAUUUUGCCGUUCAGAAAUUAUUUGAACCCCCUUGAACGCUCAAACGGCUUCACCAUGUUGUUGAUGAUUUGUUUCUUUAAUACAUCCACUUUUUCUCAGCACCGUCCUUCCAAUGUUUAGAAAAACAAAGCUAUGUCCUUUUCUAGCUAUAAGUUAAUGUUGGCAAGUAAGACCAGAUGUUUGGGUUCAGCUAUUACGGGGUUCAGUGUGACAUUUGCCGAUGGCGGAGAUGCUUGGAACUCAAAUUGUUGCUUGCAACUUAACCUCUUAAGGCCCAAGCUGUUUGUUAACAUGCUUUUUUUUAUUUAUCUUUGCUAUUUGGGCUUAUUGGACCCUAAUUAGAAUAAAAAACUAAAAAUCAUCUUUUUAUAUGAUGUACUUAGUCCAUAAGUAACAAAUGUGUAGUUCAUGUUUCGUGACAUGCUAAUUCUUAUUUUUUCACUUUUUUUUCCAAAUUCCAUUGUAUGUUAUACUCUUCUGACACCACCAGAUGACAGUUUAAGUGUCCACAUAAGGGCCAAUUUAGUAGUGUACACAAUUUUGGAAAUAGGAGCUAAAAGGUGUUGUCCACGCAUGUGGCCACUAAGGCCUUUAGAGGUUAAAGCAGCCGAGAGACGGCUCUUAUCUCAAAACACUCCCAAGUUGAGGUACCACUGAAAAGCCACAUGAUAUUUACUGGAUAGAAUGUUGCCAUUAAGCGCAUUAUAGUCACUUAACCCAAAAAAUAUUUUUCAAAUAACAUCACAAAAAAUCAUUUAGGCGCCAGGACUGUGCAUUUGAUUGUAUAUUUAUACAUUUUAUUUCCUGCAUGGGAACACAAAUGGCAAUUGAUUCAGUGGAAUGGCCCUUAUCUCUACAACAGUGUCAAUCACAAUGUGUUUCAUCUCAUCGGUCUUUUGAAUUGUAGCAAGACUUGCAUGUUGUAAAUGUAAAAAUGUCAACUUUAUCUUACAUGCUAAAUCAUCUGAUAGUGUGUAUUAGUAGUUGUCCUCCAUGCAGUAAGACUCUUACAAAGGUAUCAGUCACCCAUAUUAGACAAGUUAGCACUGCAGUUAUUUACAUUGAAGCAUGUUGCUUCACACUGUGCGACAUGUAAAAGUUGUUAUGUGGCUUACAAGUAGGGUACACAGCAUGGCUCUUUGUGUGCAAACCACAUCAAAUCUUGUGUGUAGUCAAGUCACUUACUGUAGCUUCCAUCUCUGCUUCUGUUUGCUUGUAGCUUUUGAAAGCCAAAACCUUUGACAAUUUGUGUCAGACAUGUGUAUACUGUAUGUUAACUAUAUUUUCUUGCAGAACUGAUUGUGAACAAUAUGCAACCACAUAUAAUACGAGGUAAGACCCAAGUAGCACCUUAUUGCUGUGCAAUGUAUCAGUAGAACAACAAUCAUUUUUAGUCAAAAGUAGUGACAGAGCAAAGCUGUACACAAACAAUAGCUACAUCAGACACUUGCUGGCUACUUCAUUGGAUUGUUCAUACGAAUCAAACUUAAUGUUGCCAUCACAAAGUGACCAACCUGGAUGAGUCAAUUUGCACUGCACAUUUCCUGUUAUGUCAGUGAAACUCAUGCUUGAGGUAAAGCUGUGAAUAUUUAUUAAUUUAGUGUACAUAAUAUGGCGCCAAAUCACCUGAACGAGGUUAGAUUGUGAAUUAUGUACAGCUACGAGAAAGCAUUCACUGUAAAUAUUGUGCGUGCAGACUGUACAUAUGAUGGGACACUGUGUCAUGCAUCAAUUUAUGGAUGUAUAUACUGUCUAUACCUGGCUAAUCAUUGACAUGGUUGGUUCAUAUGCCAAAGUUUUACAAAUAAAGGACAACAUUGGAAACAGA